GUCUUAUUGUUCUAUCUGUGACAUGAUGACGCGAAGCAGGAAGUGUGUUGUUUUGAUUGACGAUACACUGGGACAAAAUUGUUGAUUUAUAUAAAACAAAAAUACAUUUCUCUUUGCUUUGAAGGAAGCUGAAUGCAUCUCACCGGAAAAAGCAUCCGCGCAAACUAAACAGUGAACAUCUGUCUCCCUACGUGUAUGCCAUCUAUCUGAUGCUGUCUGGUCCAAACCAGUGUGACAUUGUUGCAGCCCAUAACGUUGAUUGGAAUGCAACGGAAGCCAGCGAGCAUUUGGCCUCGAUUGAUUGGUCUUUAAAAAUAUAUAUUUUUUAACAGCGUUAAUUAAGCUAAACUGAGCAAGUUCAAAAGUGUCAAGGAUAGCCAGCUUGGAUUUUGGCAUCGCUCCUAUCAAAUCGCAUUGAGAGCAUACAUCAUUGACAGAAACAACUUGAAUUGUUGUAUCUCGUUGUGUUGUAGCCCUCUGGUGGCUAGCUAGCUAAAACUGUCCCUUUCCUAAAUUAUCCAUGGAUGGAGAUAGGUAUUUGGUCUUGUGGUUUUACUUAAUUCUCCAUACCAGCCAAUGAUUAUAAUGGCGAUUCUGAUUAAUUAAUGCACUGUUGUGCUCCUGGGCUGACAGGGUGGACAUUCAGCAUGUAACAGGCUAAAGUUGCCCGUGAAUGGAAUUAGGCUAGCAAGUAAGCAUUUUAGCCAGGUAGCCUAGGACAACAAAAAAUAAAAGUGUGUACUGUAUGGCUGAGUGAUAGACCUUUUCGUCAACAUGAAAGAGAGGAGGAUGGCAUUGGCGUUUCUCUACAAGUAGGGUGCAUUGUUGCUCUACAUGUGAAACGUCUGUAUGAGUGACGCACACAACCACAGCACUCCACUACCAUGGGCCAGCGAAGGAGGGGGGUGGCUGCAUCUCCUGGGGGCCCCCAAGCAAACAGACACCCUGACGGGCUCACAGUAGCUCCCCAGGCCCCAACCAGGAAACACAACAUUUGCAUGGUGUCAGAUUUCUUCUACCCCAACAUGGGAGGGGUGGAGAGCCACAUCUACCAACUAUCCCAGUGUCUGAUCGAGAAGGGCCACAAGGUGGUGAUCGCCACCCACGCCUACGGCUGCAGGAAGGGGGUCCGCUACCUGACCAACGGGCUCAAGGUCUACUACCUGCCCCUGCAGGUGAUGUACAACCAGUCCACCGUCACCACCUGCUUCCACAGCCUGCCACUACUGCGCUGUGUGUUCGUCAGGGAGCGCAUCACCGUGGUGCACGCCCACAGCUCCUUCUCCGCCAUGGGACACGAUGCACUGUUCCACGCCAAGACCAUGGGCCUCAACACGGUCUUCACUGACCACUCCCUCUUCGGUUUUGCUGACGUCAGCUCGGUGCUGACCAAUAAGCUGCUGACUGUAUCUCUGUGCGACACCAAUCACAUUGUGUGCGUGUCAUACACCAGUAAGGAGAACACAGUGCUCAGGGCAGGGCUUGACCCCGAGAUUGUUUCUGUCAUCCCCAAUGCUGUCGACCCCAGAGACUUCACCCCCGACCCCUCCCGACGGCAUGACGACAGGAUCACCAUCGUUGUGAUCAGCCGUCUCGUCUACCGCAAAGGAAUAGAUCUCCUGGGAAGGAUCAUCCCAGAGCUCUGUCUGAAACAUCCAGAUCUACAUUUUCUGAUUGGUGGAGAGGGACCUAAGAGAAUCGUGUUGGAGGAAGUGAGAGAGAAAUACCAACUACACGACAGGGUGCAUCUCCUGGGGGCCCUGGAGCAUAAGGAUGUGCGUGGGGUGUUGGUCCAGGGACAUAUCUUCCUCAACACCUCCCUGACUGAGGCCUUCUGCAUGGCCAUAGUGGAGGGAGCCAGCUGUGGACUACAGGUGGUAAGUACGCGUGUUGGAGGGAUCCCAGAGGUUCUGCCUGAGCAUCUGAUCACCCUGUGCGAGCCCACUGUGCAUUCUCUGUGUGCCGGCCUGGAGAGUGUCAUCGCUAGGCAACUAUCGGGCCGCGUUGCCUCCCCCGCCACCAUCCACGCCCACGUCCGCACCCUGUACACCUGGAGGAACGUCGCAGAGAGAACAGAGAAGGUGUAUGACUGCGUCGCUGGGAAGGAGGUUCUUCCUCUGGAAAGACGGCUGCUCAGACUGAGGGCCCACUGUGGCCCCGUGGCAGGCUCCAUCUUUGCCCUCUUUGCUGUUCUCGACUUCCUGUUCCUGCUCCUCCUCCGCUGGCUCCUCCCAGACCGCCUCAUAGAUAUUGCCAUGGACGCCACGGGCCCUCAGGGGUUGUGGAGGCGGGGCUUGGUCGAUAGGAAAGGAACUCGCUUUAAAAGUGCCGUCUUGACAAAGGAGGAGUCAAGUGGUCACAAGACCAAGCUUUGAUCACAACGCCAAGCAGGCACAAAUCCUUAUCCUCAAUUGUUAUACAACUCCUGAAAAUACAGAUAUUUGUACAUUUUUUACUUGAUAUCUGACCCCACAACCUUAUGACCUGUGGAGACUGACCACUCGUUGCAGAAUGUUUUAGGGGGAACCCGUGUGUUUACAAUAGGAUUGUUUUUUUGUUUUCUAAACUUUUUUUGUUUUCUUUUCCUCUAAAUAUUUAAUAUAUUAUUUCUUAGACUUUAUAUGAUCAAAAGGAUCAAUACUUUGUAGUUAUGUUUCUUUUGUAAUGUUAUUUCUUUAAAUUCUUAUGAGUGGCAGCCCAAAUCAAAUCUAAUUUUAUUUGUCACAUGCGCAGAAUACAACCGGUGUAGACCUUACUGUGAAAUGCUUACUUACAAGCCCUUAACCAACAAUGCAGUUAAGAAAAUAUUUACUAAAUAAACAAAAGUUUUUUAAAAAGUCACACAAUAAAAUAACUAGGCUAUAUACAGGGGGUACCGGUACAGAGUCAUUGUGCGGGGUUCAGGUUAGUUGAGGUAGUGUGUAAAUGUAGGUAGGGGUAAAGUGACUAUGCAUAGAUAAUAAACAGCGAGGGGGGGGUCAAUGCAAAUAGUCCAGGUAGCCAUUUGCUUAGUUGUUCAGCAGUCUUAUGGCUUGGGGGUAGAAGCUUCUGUUGAGAAGCCUCUUGGACCUAGACUUGGCGCUCCGGUACCGCUUGUCGUGCGGUAGUGGAGAGAACAGUCUAUGACUUGGGUGGCUGGAGUCUUUGACAAUUUCCUUCCUCUGACACAGCCUGGUAUAGAGGUCCUGGAUAGCAGGAAGUUUGGUCUUAGAGAUAUACUGGGCUGUACGCACUACCCUCUGUAGCGCCUUACCGUCGGAUGCUGAGCAGUUGCCAUACCAUGCGAUGAUGCAACCGGUCAGGUACAAUGUGUGAAAUAAUAUAUUGAAAAUAUAUGAACAGAAUAUUAAUUGAUAUGAAUUUAAAUAAUGUACAGUUGUGGCCAAAAGUUGAGAAUGACACAAAUAUUAAUUUCCACAAUGUUUGUUGCUUCAGUGUCUUUAGAUUUGUCAGAUGUUACUACACUGCUCAAAAAAAUAAAGGGAACACUUAAACAACACAA